AAGACACAAUGAGCGGCAGAGGAAAGGGAGGUAAAGGACUCGGCAAAGGAGGCGCUAAGCGUCACCGUAAAGUCCUCCGUGAUAACAUCCAGGGAAUCACCAAGCCCGCUAUCCGCCGCCUGGCUCACCGUGGAGGAGUCAAGCGCAUCUCCGGUCUGAUAUACGAAGAGACCUGCGGUGUGUUGAAGGUCUUCUUGGAGAACGUUAUCUGCGAUGCCGUCACCUACACCGAGCACACCAAGAGGAAGACCGUCACCGCCAUGGGUGUGAUGUACGCUCUGAAGAGGCAGGGCCGCACCCUGUACGGCUUCGGAGCUGUGGUUGCCGAUGCCAUUCAUGUGGUGCUUUGCAUGAACUAUUUCUGGUUCAAUGUGGGCGUGAAGUGGAAAGACAGAAUGAGCGGCAGAGGAAAGGGAUGUAAAGGACUCGGCAAAGGAGGCGCCAAGCAUCACCGUAAAGUCCUCCGUGAUAACAUCCAGGGAAUCACCAAGCCCGCUAUCCGCCGCCUGGCUCGCCGUGGAGGAGUCAAGCGCAUCUCCGGUCUGAUCUACGAGGAGACCCGCGGUGUGUUGAAGGUCUUCUUGGAGAACGUUAUCCGCGAUGCCGUCACCUACACAGAGCACGCCAAGAGGAAGACCGUCACCGCCAUGGAUGUGGUGUACGCUCUGAAGAGGCAGGGCUGCACCCUGUACGGCUUCGGAGGUUAAAC